AUGAGAGCGAUAACUGAAAUUUCUUUUCUUUUAUUAGUUUUCACAGUUGUUCUUAUUUAUUGCGAAGAGAAAAAAGUUGCACGGUUACAGAUUGGCGUGAAAAAAAGAGUGGAAAAUUGUAUUAGGAAAUCGAAAAAAGGUGAUCGACUUCAUAUGCAUUAUGUGGGAACGCUUGAAGAUGGAACUGAAUUCGACAGUAGUCGUGCACGUAAUCAAGAAUUUAUGUUUACGCUUGGUAUGGGACAGGUGAUUAAGGGCUGGGAUCAGGGAUUAUUAAAUAUGUGCGAAGGAGAACAGCGACGUCUAACUAUUCCACCGGAACUCGGUUAUGGCGAACAUGGCGCACCACCAAAGAUUCCACCAAAUGCGAUUCUUAAAUUCGAUGUCGAACUGAUGAAAAUUGAACAAAAAUCUGAACUGUAA